AUCUUGCUUUUCUUCUAGCUUUAUGACGAGGUUAAUUCCAUUAAUUUCACUGCAACACAAAAUUUUCCUCUCUAUUUCCCCUUUUAGCUAACUCUGCAUUUCCUUUUUGUGACUGAAAAAUGGUGUUUGAAAAUGGGUGAAGCUACGAUGGAAGUAGACGUGGAGGUCGGAGCAGCGGAGGAGAGGAAGAACAACGAUAAGAAGAAGAAGAACGAGGAAAAUGAUGGAUCCUCAGAGGUUGUCCGGUGGGAUAAGUUCUUACCUCGGAUGGUUCUCAGAGUUCUUUUAGUUGAAGCUGAUGAUUCAACUCGUCAGAUCAUCUCCGCUCUUCUUCGGAAAUGCAGUUACAGAGUAGUUGCGGCUGUUCCUGAUGGUUUAAUAGCAUGGGAGACUUUAAAGGAUCGACCGCAUAACAUUGAUCUUAUAUUGACUGAAGUAGAGUUGCCUUCAAUUUCCGGAUUCUCGCUUCUUACAUUGAUCAUGGAGCAUGAUAUCUGCAAAAAUAUUCCUGUUAUAAUGAUGUCAUCGGAAGAUUCAAUUACCACGGUUCUGAAGUGCAUGUUAAAAGGUGCAGCUGACUUUCUUAUCAAACCUGUUCGGAGGAAUGAAUUGAGAAACCUAUGGCAGCAUGUUUGGAGAAGGCACAUGCUAGCUAGUGGCGGUGUUCCUCUUAAGCUAACUUCUACGGAAAAUAACGUCGAAACCAAUGCAGAGAGUGCGAGCAGCCAAUUCACUGAUUAUGGAUCGUCUACACAGAAAAAUAAAGAAGAAAGUGACAGCAAAGGUCUUUCAGAGGGGAAGCGUACCAGUGCCAAACUCAGUGAUACGGGCAGAGACCAGCAAGGAAAUGUUGUUAAAAUGGAUCAAGAGUCGCUUCGAAAUGGGGGUCGAGUCGAAGAAAAUUCAAAUAGAUUGGUGAAGGUGAAGGAGGUUGCUCAUUGCAGUGAAGCUUGUGAAUCAGAUGCUUCAAAAUUAGAACAAAACUCUGCUUUCAUGAAAGGGACGACUCAUGGUGGUUGUGUUGGACAACAAAGUAACCGAGGAAAUACAAAUUCUACGAGAAGGGUUGGUUGCAAUAAUGAGCUGGUUAAACCUCCGACUGGGGCAAUUGAUUUAAUUGGUUCAUUCGAUAAUCAACCAAAGGGCACCUUUGCACUUUCUAGUUCAAGUGAUGGUACCGACAAGUUUGAACUUUCUCAUGAGUUGGAGCUUUCUUUGAGAAGGUCUCAUUCAAAUAGCUAUAAGAACCAAUGUACCAGUGAAAGGCCCACACUAAACCACUCUAAUGCAUCGGCCUUUUCAUGGUAUAACAAUAGCAAAUCUUCACAGGCCAUUUUCUCUACACCAACUGGCAACCAAGAUGCAUUGAAAGAGGAUGACAGUAAAUCCAAACUAGACGUGGAAAGCAACAAAGAUACUUCUAAACCUCAUGUUGUUCCAUUGAGUGAUAGUAUGGAGAAUCUGGCUAAUCCAGUCGCAGGUCAGUCAGAGCUAAUAGUUCCGAGCACCCAACUUGGGAUGAUUCAUGUUCCAGGAGUGAGGAUGGAUGACAUGCAUCCUGGAUGUAAUAAUGAUUUUCCUCACGUUUAUCAUGCACAAUCAAAUCCACCUCUUGAAUGUAGUUCUGAGCCCGCUGGACGGCAAGAAUUUUCUCCCAUUCACGUGACCACCUCAUCUCACACAAAUCCUGAUGUUCAUGACCCAGAACAAGGUUACAACCGGUCUGAUGAAGGGAUUAACUGCUCUAUUGACCAGACUGUCAAAGAGCAAACCAAGCAGGAGCCUUCUGGGAUACUAAGGUGCUUUUCUCCUAUUGCUAAUCAUAGUGCUUGCAGCAGUUUAUGUAGUAAUGUUGAUAAUCACAAAAAAGGCAGCGCACAUGGAGAUAUUCCGAGUAGGAGUGAUGCAAGUGCUAGCACUACAGGUGCUGCAUCAAUUGAUAGGAGCACAACUACUGAGAGUUUCAAUGAUAGCAAUUUCUUCAUUCACGAUGGAUUGAAAGGGAUGGAUACUUAUCGCUCCAGCCAAAGAGAAGCUGCCUUGACAAAGUUCCGACUUAAGCGGAAAGAUCGAUGCUUUGAGAAAAAGGUUCGAUACCAGAGCCGAAAGAGACUGGCCGAGCAGCGUCCCCGAGUGAGAGGACAGUUUGUCCGUCAAAAUAAUGUCGAUGCACCUAAUAUAUGACGAUACAAACACGUACACGAAAAUAAAUUCAUGCUUAAAACAUGAAACCAUUUAAUUUUUGUUUGCAAUCAUAUCAGAGAAUGUUUUUGGGGGGAAGAAAAGUAGAACAUGUGUUGGGCGAAGAUAUUGUGCAAGCUCCAUUAGUAUUUGCUAUUGGGUGAUGAAAUUAGUUUUCUACAAACAAGUACAACUCAUAGAGGUAGUAUUGUAGUGAGGCAGUCUUGGUUCUUUUUGACUAUGUGUGGUUGUUAAUACACAUUUGAUAACUUAUAAAUCGUUGUUAGGCGGGUUAGUUGUAUAUUAUAAUUCGCUUCAAUA